CAUAAAAUGUGAGAAAUAAAUGUGGCAUUGAGUGAAGAUAAAACUGAGAACCUUAAAUCAUUGAGUUAGUGGGAUGGGUCUUGACAGUAUUUAAAUGAGAACAUCUGUGUUGUGUGCAAGUGUAUUUCAGUUACUACAGCUUUCACUUCCAGGUGUGCUCAGUUAAAACUUUUAUUGCUUUUAUUUUUGGUUUCUUAGUUUCCACCUUGUGAGUCUGAAAGUUAUAUGAAGUUGUAAGAUUUGGAUGCUAGACUUUAAGGCCAUGUUUGGACACGAAAUGUACCUGGUUCUUAUCCUGAGCCAGUUUCAUUUUUUGACAACUUUGCAUCUUGAUUUCUAUCCCUGUGAAAGCCAUAAUAAUAACAAUGAAGUCUUAAAUGUCAACUGUCAGGGCAGACGUCUGGCUAAAAUCCCUAAAUUCAAAUCCCUCUCCAUCAUAUCACUCAACUUGGAUGAAAACCAUAUACGGCAAAUUAAAAGUGAUGCAUUCUCUGGCAUGCCCAAUCUGAUGCAUCUCAGUUUGAUGUGGAACUGCGUGCCAGAUAUUUCCAAAGAGAAGAGGCGGCCUUCGUGUGACCUAAAGAUCGACCCUGAUGCAUUUGUCGGCCUUCAGAAACUAACCUCACUCCAUUUAGCGGGGAACAGCCUGAAGACCAUUCCUCCUCUUCCAGAACAGCUUGCGGUCUUGGGACUUGAAUUUAACAAUAUUUUUCAUAUUGAUAAACCUCUAGGUACACCACAACUGAAACACCUACUGCUAAGCAAGAACUGUUUCUACGCCAACCCGUGUUAUCAGUCAUACUUUAUCGACCCACUUGUGUUUCAAGAGCUUCCUGAGCUUUUGAAUCUUACUCUGAGUUACAACAAUGUCACAAUUGUUCCCCCACAUCUUCCACUUUCACUAGAAAGUCUAGACUUGGGAGAGAACAAGAUUACCGCUAUUACUAAAGAGUCCUUUUUAAAUCUUACACGCUUGCGUCACCUUAACCUGGGGUGGAACUGCCAAAGAUGUGAUCAUGCCUCAGAGCCCUGUUUCCCAUGCCCAAACAACCAAUCCCUGGAUCUGCAUCAAAGUGCAUUUUUGGAUCAGAGAGACUCUUUAAUUAGUUUAAGUCUAAGAGGCAACUCGCUUCGAACUCUUCCUCGGUACCUCUUUGCUCAACUGCAGAAGCUCCAGGAGCUCGAUCUAUCUGAUAAUUUGUUAGCCUACACCAUACAGAACGGCACCUUUUACGAGGAGCUCCGGAGAGUUGUGUCCCUCAAUCUUCUUUAUAACUAUGAGCCCCUGAACACCUUCUCUGAAUUGAUCCUAUCACCCUCCAUAAAGAAGAUGACAGCCCUUAGAGAGUUGUAUCUGAGUGGAUUAUUCUUCAAAGUGCUAUCAAACCACAGUCUCGCACCUCUAUCCAAACCAAGACUCGAGUAUCUGGAGUUACGCAUGAACUUUAUCUGCUCUGUUAACGUCAGCGCAUUCAGCCAGCUGAGAACAUUAAGGAGAGUGGGCCUUUCCCAAAACAUGCUUGCAUUUAAUCCAUGUAUUCCAUUUUGCAUGUCAGAAGCUAUCCCGAAAUACCUAUCCCACAGAGAACAUCAAAAACGUGGAGAACUCGACCUACAAAUUAAAAAACUCAGUCUACCUAGCACAGAACUGUGGUCGACGACUGUGCUGGGCUCUAAAGGGGACUACUGUCCCUUAUAUUAUUCAAUGUGGCAUUUUAAAAAAGAAGUGUGCUCAAAAAACUUGAUGUUUGAUCUGUCUCAAAACAACAUCCCAUGGCUGAAUUCAAGUAUGUUUAAAGACAUGGACGAGGCUGUAUGCAUAGAUCUGUCCUACAACUACAUCAGUCAAACGUUAAAUGGCCAGCAGUUCUCACAUCUAAGUAAGCUAGCAUACCUUAAUAUGGCACACAACCGCAUUGACCUGUACUCCGACAGAGCGUUCCAGGAGCUCAGUGACACCCUUCAAGUUCUUGACCUCAGUAAUAACGAAUUCCACUUUGCAAUGAAGGGUAUGGGACAUCGCUUCACAUUCCUGUCCCAUUUGUCUUCUCUUAAAAUGCUGAGUCUAGCCAACAAUCACAUCGGUCUUCGAAUCUCUAACAUUCUAACAAGUAAUUCACUGAAAUAUCUUGUUUUCUCUGGAAAUCGUUUGGACAUAAUGUGGGACUCUAGGCGUAAUGAAUACACAAGUUUCUUUCAGGGUCUUACCAACCUUACGCACUUGGACAUUUCUGAAAACAAGCUAAAAUCAUUUUCUCCGGAGGCAUUUGUCAAUUUGCCUCCGACGCUCAGGGUGCUACAGGUGGAUUCCAACAUGCUUAGUUAUUUCCCUUGGGGGAACAUUUCAGUCCUCAAAGACCUCUGCUACCUAAAUCUAAGUGAAAACAUGCUUUCUUUCUUACCCAAUAAUCAUUUUGAGCUUAAUCUCGUAAGUCUGGACUUAAGUCACAAUCGACUAAUUGCCAUACCAAAGGCUUUUUUUAGUCGGGCUAAAUAUCUCAAAGACCUAAUGCUUAACCACAACCAGCUGAAAUUGCUCAAUGUGCAAGCUCUUCCCUGGUCAUUCCAUAAAACAAAUACAAUCUGUGUUUCUGGAAAGCAUAAAAACACAUCCUGCAAACUUGUGCUGCAUGCCAAUCCAUUUACUUGCAGUUGCGUUACAUCUGAGUUCGCCAACUUCCUGAGAGAAACGAAUUUAACUGUCCCACAUCUCACCACACACAUUCAAUGUGCCUAUCCCGAGUCACUGGCUGGUGUGAAUGUCCUCUCGAUAGAUCUCCGUUCAUGCCAGGACGUAUUUGGGAGCUCCGCUUUUCUCUGUACAUCACUGUUGACAUUGGCAGGGAUGAUCAUUCCCCUCCUGAAGCAUCUCUAUGGUUGGGACCUGUGGUACUGCAUCCAGAUUCUGUGGACUGGACACAAGGGACACACUUCAGCUAAUGGUAACACGUCAGAUAGCCACUAUGAUGCAUUUGUUGUUUUUGAUACAAGUGACAAGGCGGUCAGAGACUGGAUCUACAAUGAGAUGAUUGAGAGAUUGGAGCACAAGGGGAGAUGGCGCUUCCGACUAUGUCUGGAGGAACGCGACUGGGUCCCGGGAGUUUCAUGCAUAGAGAAUCUCCACAAGGCGGUUUACAACAGCAGAAAGACAGUGUUCGUCCUGACCAGCCCUAGUGGCUACUCUCAAGCGAGUGGAGUGGUGAAACAAGCCUUCCUUCUGGUCCAGCAGAGGCUUCUAGAUGAGAAGGUAGAUGUUACCGUUUUGGUUCUGCUAGACCUUCUCUUCCCCAAAUUCAAAUAUCUUCAAAUGAGAAAACGGCUGUGCAAAAAGUCUGUUUUGUCCUGGCCCAGGAACCCACGAGCGCAGCCUCUAUUCUGGAAUAAUUUAAGUGUUGCCCUUCUCUCUGACAAUGUGAGAGAAUACAACAAGAACGUCACAGAGAGCUUCGUCUGAAAGCCUAAAAAUGACAACUGAAAGUCUAGAUUAAAAAGCUGUAGUGACUGUCGUAUCUAUAACAUAACUUGUGCGUACUAUAGUUUGACCUCUGCAAGUCAUUAUUUAGUAUUUGUAUAUGUGUUUACCAUUUACCAAGAUAAUUUAAUUUAUUUUCUUGAGUUAUUGUACUUCAUUGCUGUAGUUUUAUCUUAGGGACUUUAUACAAUAAGGUUUCAUUUAUUACCAAGAGUUAACAUGAAGUAACAAGUAAUUACUUUCGCCAUUUAAUUGAUUUCGACAUUUACUUUGAGAUUAAAACCGUUCAACUUUUUUCCAUGAACAUUGUGCUAAAUUACAAUGAACUAUGGACUAUUUUUCUUAACUAACAUUAACAGGCAUUAAAGUAUGCUGCUUAUUGUUAGUUCAUAUGUUAGCUUAUGCGUUAAAUUAAACUGUUAAUACAACCUUACUGUAAAGUGUUUAUUUUACUUUAAGUUCAACAUUCAAACAAAAGAUUAUCAAUAUUUCCACACACACACACACACAGUUUCAUUUAGGUUUGAACAGUCAUAUUUCACAGAUCAUAACGUUAUACUUUUAUUUUUACAUUUACAGUUUUAUUUAAAACAGAAAAAAAUACUCAAAGAAGUUUUAGUAAUAAUGUCAUGUAAUAACUCAAUCAUGUGAAAAGAUAUCUUGAGUGUCAAAAGGCCUGUAAAUGCAACCUAUAUAUAUCAUAACAUCAGUGAAAUAUAAACAUGAGAAAUUAAGCAUUAAAAGAGGAAAUCAGAAAGACUGUGAGUGAGUUUUCAGAGUUUUGCUGCGUUGUAAUGAGGAACUAUUAGCACCUGUUGAACCACAGAAUACACAUACAUUACGCACAACUCUUUUAUCAGCCUUAUUCUUCUGUUGACAGUCCCCAUUUUUGGUUGCAUGAGUGAAGCAGUCUUAUGAAUGUCCCUGUCUGUUAACUGUACAUGUUUAAAAGAGAACAGGCACGUGCACACAUAGACAUCAAAGGGGGCUUGAGCACCUGCCCUUUUUAUUCCUGGAGAAAAAGUGCCCUUUUUUCUGGGGUGCUUUUUAUUUAUUUUUAAAUAAUAUGAUCUUUAUUCAUAUAACAACUGAUGUCUGUCUGUUUCUUGUGUUUUUUACUUGUUACUUAUUUAAUUUAACAUGAAUUUAUUCAGGAAUCAUUUAAAUGAGAUUUAAACUCUUAUAAAAAGAAAAAUAGCGCUAUUUGUGGUACACAAACAGUUAACGAUGAGUCCCGCCUCCAAAACUCACAUCGCUAAUAUGUGCCUUUCCUAAGUCCCGCCUCUCUAACUUACUUCGCUUUAUGAUUGGUCUUGUCUUUACUCGUAUAUGCUGCAUUCGCGCUUGUAAGAAGCGCCAAAGCUCAGCCUGAACGAGACGCGAUGUGCAUGAUCGCAGGCAGCUACCGGUAAGUGUGUGAGCAUGGCCGUAGCUACCAUUGAGGACACCGAGGUCAUGUCCUCGGUAGUUUUUUCUUGAAGUUUCGUUUCAUUUUGAUGUGUAAAUAGCCGACGAGACAAUCCUUGCAUCUAUGGACCAUCACGUACAGUGAUGGAAAUAAUGGCGUUAUAUAUAAACGUCAUUUCCUAACAGCGUUACUGACAUUAAAAUGCUGCGCAUUAAUAUAAUUAAUCUCACUGAAGCGAGUAAACUCUCAUCAGACAGGCAAUGUUUUUCUCUUGCGUGUGUUGAGGGUGGGAAACACAUAAUGAUUGGCCUGUGUAUGUUAGAGGGGGCGGGACAACCACAUAAUCAAUGAUGAUUGGCUAAAUUUCCAUCGUUAGCCAACCAGAAGCAGGAUUAGCUCAUACACUACAUACAUGCACAGUCCGAGCAGUGCCGUGUUGCCAACUUGUUGAUGACUUUGUCGUUAGAUUUAGCAACUUAAAAAAAGCGAAAAAGGACAAAUCUAGCGAUCUUUUCUGUCGUGGUUGGAGACUGACGCGAGAGCAUGUAUCAUUCUCUACACUCAACGAGCAGUGGGUUCUGCUGCUAGACACUCACAGACAGCCUGGUCCUCACGUGGAGUCCGCCAGAGUCCCUCACAUUCGCAACGACAGAGCGAUGGCAAGUACAACAAGCUCAAAGGUAGCGGUCGCAAACACAAAGUAUAAUAAGCACUGCUUCUAUACAAAAGUAGUAUGCAAGAAAGGCAAGAAUGUUUAUGUAACAUGC